AUGCGCAUUUUCGUUAUUCCUAUUACCCGCAGCCAGUGGGCGCUGCAUUGCCAUCCGGCAAAUGUGACGCCAACGCGGCUGUCGCGGUGGGCGCAGACCGCGUCGGAGAAGUGGAACAAUUGGGCGCACCACCCAAAGGACUCGUGGCGCGGCCGCGUGCACUCGUACGGCGAGCGCAUGAUGGACAAGAUCGACUUUAAGGAGUAUUUCAUGAAAGAGGUGCCGACCAAGGCCGAAGGCGCGAUGAUCGGGCAGGUGGACAUAAUAGCGCCGCGGUUCCUUGACUCUAGCGACAUCCUGAAGCAGCUGCGCACGCUGGCCGAGGAGCGCGAGCCGUACCACUCGCGGUGGAUGAAGCUGAGCGCGUACUGCUUGCCAUUCACGGCGCUGUUCUCGCUGGUCCCGUUUGUGCCAAACUUCCCGAUGUUCUACAACAUAUUCCGCAUUUACUCGCACUACAAGGCCAAGCACGGGGCGCACCAUCUGGCGCACCUUCUGCAUUCGGGCAGUAUCGAGGUCGUCAAUGACUCGGGCAUGGAUCAGUGGUACAAUGGCGGGGCGGUGAGCCAGCAGGACACGCCGGUGGUCGGCUGCGAGUCGGACGACGGGUACUCGACGUUUGACGGCGGCCUGGACCAGUCGAGUAUUGAGAACGGGGUGCCGCUGCUCGAGUCGCCGCCCAUGGUCUCGGAUGAGGACCUGGCGCAGAUGGCCGUGUACUUUGGUCUGCCCAUGCUGGAGCCCUCGGUGCGGCGUGCGCGGCACCAGAUCAUUGCUGCGCUGAGCAAGGAGCGGAGCGAAUAG